AUGAGUGGCCAUCAUCCAUACCCAGGUUACCAGCAGCCCUACCAGCAGCCCUAUCAACAACCAUAUGGCCAAGUCCAGCAGUAUGCGCCGCACGCACAGCCAAUGACACCGUAUCCGCGGACCAUCGGCCAGGCACCGCCGCCGCCACCCAUGGCAGCGAUGCCUUUGCCGCAACCGGCAUACGGGUAUGGUCAACAACCACAUGUGCAAGUUACCCAGCACCAGACGUCAACUUACUAUGACAGCUCCCCGCAAACUCUGCCACCCCCAAUGCCUGGAUGGCAGCAUCAACCAGCUCAGCAAUACCAUCAACCGGAUCCUUACGAGCAUACGCCACAGUACAGUCAGCCUCAGCAAUUACCGCCGCCGCAGCAUCACGCGCAGUUGCCGGCACCGCCCCAGUCUGCCUACCCGCAGCCGCGAGCGCCGCAUUACCCGGACACAGACCCGCGAUAUCAUGAUGACCUGGAUUACGAGGACCCGCUGCGCGAUGCUCCAGUGCAUGCUGACCUACUGUCUGUUGCUACACCACAAGACAGGGUGCCGCAUCGACAGCGGGGCUACGGUCCAGCGCUUGCUCAUCCGCGUGACUUGCCAGGCUAUCGCCACUACCACACCAAGAAUGACACCCUGGUGCAAGCUGGGUUCCUCACAUGUACCGCCGGACAACCCUGGUUCGAAGUUCGAUGUGGCGCACUGUGUGGCUGUGGCCUCCAUUUCAUUCCGGAAGGUUCUAUAGAACGGGUGCGGGACGAGCUCGACCGCGAAAACCGCGGUGGGCAGAAAGCAGCACGGCCAGUUGUGCACAAUCAUCAGCAUUUGUGGAAGCAACCGCAGCAGCUUCCGGCAGAUCACAGCAAUGGAUUAGCCACUUUGCAACAAGACUUUUCCCGAACAAUGCCUGCUAUCCCACUGUCACCUGUGAAUUAUGAUAAUCCGAAGGCACGAACUCCAGUCGUCAAAAGUGCGGGAUCCUCCUUGUACAUGGAGAUUGGGCAAGCGUCCUCGCAGAGCAUGCCUGCCCCGUUCGUGCCUCCGGUUGAGUCUACUGGACCGAAAACGAAGGUGCCCAGAGCAGCGUUGAAGGCAGAGACUACGACAACACACGUAUCAAUAGUUACGCGCAAAGUGCCCGGCGAAGCACGUCGGCUGGCGGAAGCUCAAAGGUUACUCGAAUUGCAGCAAUACGAAGCUAGACUCCAGCAGUUACUUCUUGGGCUUCAAAACGCAUGUCCAGCACGCUUCGAGUGGAUCGCUAUAGAUCUAGGCUUUAUUUGCGCCGGAGGUAAUCACUUUGUUGCCUUGCAAGACAUUGAUGACAUCCUUCUAGGCCGCACGUCGGGAGCGAACCUUCCGAUCAUCCGGGCGAACAAGUGUCUUCCGAGCUGGAUUGACGAUACCCCGGGAAUUGCCGUUCAUCCUCCAAGCGAUGCCAUUCAUCUUACGAACGGUCAUCUCAUGGAGCAGCAUCAAACGCACAUGAAGGCACUGCAGGCAGAUGGCCGUGCUGUGCUAUCCAAGAAGGCCAGCCGCGCGUCCUGGCAAACCCAGAGAGCGGACAGAUCUCACCUGAACCAAGGUAUGUCAGCCAAGGCAUCAUGGCGGUCGCUGAGCAUGGGCACACCGUGGCCCAAUCUCAUCAAUAUGCUCUUGAACUUGCCAGGUAACGCCUGGUUGAGUAACGAGCACAACAUCGGCAGCCUGUCGGGCUCGGAGAAUCAGUCAAGGAUAAUUGCCGUCAAUGGCGAACAUAACGAAAAGGUUCUCCAGCUUGGCUGA